AUGGAGGAAGAAAUUCAGGCUUUUGGACUCCAGCUCAGUCCCUCAAAAAAGAAACUGUAUGAGUGCUUACAGUGCGGGAAGAGUUUCAACGUCCAGUGCAAUCUGAAGGUACACCAACGCAUUCACACAGGAGAGAAACCCUACACGUGCUUACAGUGUGGAAAGAGCUUCGUCCACAGCAGCAGUCUGAAAUCACACCAGUAUGUCCAUGAGGAAGGAAAACUGUACCACUGCUCCCAGUGUGGAGAGAGCUUUAAUGGCUACAGAAAUCUAAUCCGACACCAGCGCAUUCACACAGGAGAAAAACCAUACCAGUGUUUGGAGUGCGGAAAGCGUUUUACCCGGCAAGGAACCCUCCGACUACACCAGCGCAUUCAUACUGGAGAAAAACCCUAUCACUGCACGCUCUGCGGGAAAAGUUUCACUUUUCAGGCGAAUAUCCGCAAACACCAGCACACUCACACAGGAGAGAAGCCGUAUCACUGUUCACAGUGUGGGAAAAGUUUUAGCAGCAAUUCGAAUCUCAGGCAGCAUCAGCGCAUUCACACAGGAGAGAAACCGCAUCAGUGUUCACAAUGUGGGAAAAGGUUUAUUAAACAGAGUGCUCUCUCGACACACCAGCGCACUCACACAGGUGAGAAACCAUAUCAGUGCACGCACUGUGGGAAGAGCUUCACUCAAAAGUCUAAUCUUCAAUACCACCAACAGUGUCACUCAGAAGAGCGGCCGUAUCAGUGCUCACAGUGUGGGAAAAGGUUCAGCGCCCAAACCCAACUUCAGCAACACCAGCACAGUCAUACAGUAGAGAAACCGUAUCAGUGCUUACAGUGCGGAAAGAGUUUUACCCGACAGAGCGAUCUCAAAAUCCACCAGCGCGUUCACACUGGAGAGAAGCCGUAUCACUGUUCCCAGUGCGGGAAGAGCUUCACCCGACAGAGUAUCCUUAAACGACAUGAGCGCAGUCACAGGGGAGAGAAACCAUACCAAUGCUUACAAUGUGAGAAGAGUUUUACCCGACAAAGUGAUCUCAAAAUCCACCAGCGUGUUCACACUGGAGAAAAGCCGUACGACUGUUCACACUGCGGGAAGAGUUUCACUCGGCAAAGUAUCCUUAAACAACACCAGAACAGUCACAGAGAGGAUAACCCGUAUCAGUGCUUAGAAUGUGGGAUUACUUUUGCUGUCGAGACUGAUCUCCAAGAGCACCAGUGUGUUCACACAGAGGAGGAUUCGUAUCACCACUGCGUUAAGACUGAGUCAGUCACGCCUGACACAUAAAAAUGGUCAGAAUUACUGCUUUUGGGUUGGCAUGAGUUGUUUACAUCUUACAUUUAAGGUUGUAAACUGUAUGUAUUUUUGGGAAGGCCCUUCCCAGUUUCAGCAUGACUGUGCUAUACACAAAGCAAGGUCCAUUACAACCUUGAUGUGAAGGAACUCCAGUGGUCUGAACCUCCCCUUCCCCAUGACCUCAACCCCACUGGACAUAUUUGGAAUAAAUUGUUCUUUCAACUAAAUUUGUACUGAUUAAUGUGUAAAGUUAUUUAAAGUUGGAGAUGAUGUAUUGGUUUACUUCAUCAUUAUUCUGCUAUUAAAGUUGUUUGUGUACAUAUGAACACAUUUUAAUCUGUCGUCUCCUAAUCUGUCUUCUAAUAGAUCGUUUCUUAAGCUGUUGGUUUUCAGAUGUACCAUUGUUUGUACUGUACUGUACUGUACGUACUGUAUUUACCUGUGAAUAGCCGUGCAGUGCUGCAUUGUAAAUGUUAUAUUUUGUUCCAAUUAUUUUUAUCAUCUGUAGAUUUAGAAGAGUUCUAAUGUAGACAAAUGUAAUAGUAUUUUAAUUAAAUGUGUA